AUGGAAGAAACGAUUGAUCUUGACUGGUAUUUGAACAGUCAAAAUCUUAAUUAUGGAACUCCUGUGCCGCCAACGCCUGGGAGCUCGAGUGCUACGCAGCAUGCCGAAGAGAACGCAGGUCCGCGUCGCCAUGCGACAUUACCGCUUCUGCGUCGGUCAAACUGGGAAAAGGAAAGGUUAUAUGACAUAAACAAUCCUGUUUGCAUCCAUUAUGACAUCCAGUGGAAAGUAUCCCAAUAUAACGGCCAAAAGAAGAGAGCCAGUGAGGAAGAAUGUCUUAGGGGAAAGAUUGACGAAUUUGUAAACGAAAAACUGGGAGAAAACGACUACAUACGCGAAGAAGCUAACGUAACUAUAUCGAUCAAAAACAGCCGCGAACAUGGCUUUAAGGAGGAGUAUCAUGACAAGCCAAUCGAUUGGGAUGAAGUGAACGAUCACCUCGCGGGCCUUGGUCAUCUAUUUGAGAAAGGAAGAAAGAUCAGUAUCGAUAUCGACCUUGCCUACAGAGAAAUUGUUCGCGACACCGCAUCGACCGAUAAUAGAGGCAAGAAAAGAACGGUAUCGGAGAGGCGUAGGGAAGAAAUGGAAGCAGAGGCGGGCAUUUAUCGCAGUGUUUAUAAAAAACUUCGAUGCGAUGGUGAGGACUGCAAGUCAGGGCCACACUGCGCCGUCGAUGCACAAGGCAACCAUUUCGAGUUAAUACCUUACUACAUUGAAAAGAUUGUCGAUUUUGUUCGGAACGGAGGGUAUUUCGGAGGACCUCGAGAUCUGCCGGCCGAAAUAUGGCAAGCGCUAUACAAGGAUGCUGCAGCGAAGAAAAAGACACCUACAAAUAAGUGUGGUCGGUGUUCAGGCAAUAUGCAGGCACCUCAGGCAGGUUCAUCCUCGCAGGCUGAAGCUACGCCACAGGCUCCAUCGCCCAUCUUCUUUCAGGGAAAGUGGGAUGAGCUCCUCCAACAGUAUGAUGCAUACCUUGUCGAGCAAGUCGACUGUUCUGACUGGAAGAAAGCGCUCAGCAAUGCAAGUAAGGUUGCACGUAAACUCUUCUUAGAGCUCUCAUUUAGCCACGCUCAUCAGAAAUUCGCAAGUAAUAAGCUGAUCGCGAGUGGUGUGCCCCCGUCUAUUGCUGGACAAUGGACUGGAAAUAUCAAGGCAUUUUACGAGAAAGUAAUGGCAGAUUCCACAUAA